GUCAUAGAGAGAGAGAGAUGGAGAGCAAGGCUAUAAAACAGAGUUUGAACUCCAAGCAGAUCAGUCACAGACAGCGGUGCAGAACAAAGCAUCUCUCCAGCGUGAGCUUCUGUAACAUACAGCGUGUUUUUUUUUAAAGCUUUUCCUGGAGAGCAGAUUUUUAAUCAAAAUAUCCAGGAUGACAACAAUGUUCAGAUACCCCGUGUUUCCUCAUCUGCAGGAUCGGUGUGAUCCUGGUCUUGGGCUGUCACCAGGGCGGAGGGUCAUGGCAGAACCAGACUACCUGGAUGGAGACUGUGAUGAGCUCAUCAAACCCAAGAAGCUGAUCAAUCCAGUCAAGAACUCCCGGAACCACCAGGACUUGCACCGAGAGCUUGCCAUGAACCAGAAGAGAGGCCUGGCUCCUCAGAACAAACCUGAGCUCCAGAAGGUUUUAGAGAAGAGAAAGAGGGAGCAAAUCAUCAAGGCUCAGAAGGAGGAGCAGGAGGCCCACAAGAAGAGGAGCGACUUGGAGAUAGAGCUGAUGAAAAGACAACAGAAACUAGAGCAGCUGGAACGGGAGCAGCAGAAAAUUGAGGAAGAGCAGGAGAACACCCCUGAGUUUGUGAAGAUGAAGAGCAACCUGCGUAGAACGAAGCAGGACGCUGAUGGGGAGACACAAACCACCUAAAAUGCAGUUGGGGGUGUUUGGGUCCAGCUGCCUGAGGUGUCAGGAGUGUGUGUACAGAUGAAGAGUGUGUGUUGUCUGUGGUACACGGUGGUGAUCUGACCAAGAUGGACCUCUUGGCUUUCCCAACUUAGCUGUUCCUUCCUGCAGCGAGGAGAGACUUUACAGACUAAAGACCCCCCACACACACAACUUUGCGUCUCCCUGCGACGGACUGCAAGCACUCAACACCCACUCAGCAGCACACCCAGCAGGAAGCACCACACCCAGAAGACACGUUACACGCUUUUAAACGGGCGCAAGAAGCUUCCAAUGAGCUCCGAUGGAAGGCAAGAGUACACGAAACACGGGAGUUCUCACCUCGUCUGUUUUUGCUCCUUUCUCCACAGCGACAUGUUGUUUUCUAUUUACUGUUUCCCAUGACGUCAUUGUUGUUUGUGUUUUCACCUUCAGUAUCAAAAAAGUGGACACUGGAUGGACUCUUAAAGCUGUGUAAUGUAAAAGCCAAACAAACGUGCUUUUGUUAUUUAUGUUUGUAGCUUUAGCCCGCAGGCGUAGAUGAGGACACUUUUAGUCGUUCUGUAUUUUAAUUUGUUUUACGACAUAGUAUAUGAGGCCAGAACAGGACAAAGGGAGUGUGUGAGAGUGUGUGUGCGUGUGUGUCAAGUUUGCUUCAUUAUUUUUUAAUUCUGUACCAUGCCAUUUCCUCAGCUAAUGCAAUUUGGAGCAAUAGUAAAACUCCCAGGAAUGAGAGUGAAUUUUCUUUAUAUAUUCUAUUGUUUUGUAUGAAAAGAAAAAUGUGUUGCUUAAUAAAUAAUUUACGUUU